AUGUCGACGGGUAGUACACCCUUUCCUAAGUGGCAAUUAGCCAUUCUUCUUGGUGCUCCCUUAGCUAUUGGUUUAGGUUACCUUUAUCUAAGAAAUAGAUUAGAAGACCCCGAAAAGAAGAAGGUUGCUGAAUUAAAUGCCAAAACAACCAUUUCUUUAGAUAAUGAAGAUAAUGCUAAAGCAGCUGAGAGCGCUAUUGACCGCGCUAUGAAAUUAAAGGGUGCUGGAAAUCGAGCUUUUCAUGCAGGAGAAUAUGACAAGGCUAUUGCUUUGUAUAAUGAAGCUAUUGAGGCAUGUCCACCUGAUCGCCCUAUUGACUUGGCUACAUUUUACCAAAAUCGCUCUGCUUGCUAUGAAAAGCGUGAAAUGUGGGAACAAGUUAAAGAAGAUUGCACAUUUGCUCUUAAGCUGAAUGAGAAAUAUGUUAAAGCUUUUCUUCGACGAUCGCGAGCCGCAGAGAAGAGUGGUGAUCUUGUUUUAGCUCUAGAAGAUGUAACUUCUGCUUGUAUUUUAGAGAGAUUCCAAGUUCAAAGUUCACUAGUAAAUGCAGAUCGCAUUCUGAAAGCUCUUGGUAGACAACACGCACGAGAAGCACUUGCAAUGAGACAACCAGUAAUGCCAUCCAAACAUUUUAUCAAAACAUACUUUUCAGCAUUUUCUGAAGAUCCUCUUACUAAGAUCAGUUUUGACCAAAAAUCUAGUAAUGGUUUUAUUAAAGCAAAGCAAGCUAUUGAAGCCCAGGAUUAUGAAUCAGUGGUAAAAGCUUGUACUGAAGAGGUGGACACAGAUGGAGAGUACAAAUAUGAGGCUUUGCUAUUAAGGGCAACAUUUUAUCUUCUGCUAGGUAGACAUGACGAUGCUCAAGUUGAUCUUGCCAAAGUUAUAGACAGUGAUGCCUCCAUUAAAGUAAGGGUAAAUGCACUUAUUAAGCGUGCUUCGCUUUAUACCCAAUUGGAAAAUACUGAACGCUGCUUGGAAGAUUUUGCAAAUGCUGCGAAAUUAGAUCCAAACAACUCUGAUAUUUAUCAUCAUCGUGGCCAGGUAUAUCUAUUACUGGAACGUAUGGAUGAAGCAACUGCAGAAUUUGCAAAAGCUGUUGAAUUGAACCCUGACUUCUCGAUUGCUUAUAUUCAGAAGUGCUAUGCUGAUUAUAGACAUGCUCAAUUGCAUAAAAAUAUUGGAGCCCUGACUCAGGUACGAGCUGACUUCGAAAAAGCUUUGGAAAGAUUCCCAAGAUGUGCUGAGGUUUAUAUUCUAUAUGCUCAAGUUUUGUCAGAUCAGCAAGAAUGGGGUCGUGCAGAAGCCCUAUUUGAAUCAGCUUUGGCUGUUGAUUCCAAUAAUGCAACAUUAUAUGUUCACAAAGGACUUGUACAAUUACAGAAGAGUACAGAUUUUGAUAAAGCUGUUAAAUUGAUUAACAAAGCUAUCGAAAUUGAUGACAAAUGUGACUUUGCAUAUGAGACCCUGGGGACAAUAGAAGUCCAGAGGGGCAAUUUAAGAAGGUCACUAGAGCUUUUCGAGAAGGCUAUUGCAUUAGCAAAAACAGAACAAGAAAUGACUCACUUGUUCUCAUUAAAAGAUGCUGCAGCUGCACAGUUGAAAGUUUCUGAACGUUGGGGACUGGAUUGGACAGUUAGU